AUGACCUCCAAGGACUUCAAUGUCGCCAUCGUCGGCGGCGGUAUCGCCGGCCUGACUCUGGCAAUCGCACUAAAUUCCCGCAACAUCAAUGUGACGGUGUACGAGCGCUCUGCAGCGUUCGGCGAGAUCGGCGCUGGGGUGAGCUUCACCCCAAAUGCUGUGGAGGCGAUGAAGGUCUGCCACGCGGGUGUCUUUGAUGCCUUUGAACGCGUAUGUACACUCGUCUCGUCUCCCGAGAAACGCGACGCAGGCGUCUUCUUCGACUAUGUUAAAGGCUACGACCCCACACUGGGUCCUGGCGAAAUGCCCAAGAUCGAAUUCACGAUCCGCAGCGCGUACGGCCAGAACGCGGUGCACCGCGCCCACUUCCUUGACGAGCUCGUCAAGCUCCUUCCAUCCGACAUUGCGCAGUUCGGCAAGGGUCUCAAGUCGGUCAAGCAGGUGGGAGAGGAGGUCGAGAUGAGCUUUGAGGACGGCACGACUGCUCGCGCCGACGUGGUCAUUGGAUGUGACGGGAUCAAGUCGCGUGUGAGAAGGAGCAUGUUCGGCGACGACGCUCCCUGCGCGUACCCCAGCUACACGCACAAGUACGCUUACCGCGGGCUGAUCCCGAUCGAGAAGGCAAAGGCAGCCCUCGGUGACGACCUGGGUGGCAACGCGUUCAUGCACCUCGGGCCCAACGGGCAUCUUCUCACGUUCCCUGUUGCGCACGGGAAGACGCUCAACGUUGUCGCUUUCCACCAAGACGACGGCGAGUGGCCCGACUCAGAACGUCUCACGCGCCAGGGCACGCGCGCCCAGGCUCUCAAAGACUUUGAGGGAUGGACAGAGGCCGUGCAGGCGCUACUGUCCAUGUGUGACGAGACACUCAGUGUGUGGGCGAUCUUUGACCUCGCGAACCCCGUCCCGUCCUUCUCGGUCGGCCGUGUCGCGAUCUCUGGCGACGCCGCACACGCCACGUCUCCGCACCACGGCGCCGGAGCCGGAUUCUGCAUCGAAGAUGCGGCCGUCCUCGCAACCCUCCUGGCUGACCCAGCCUCCACGCGCCAAAACCUCCCAACAGUACUUGAAGCGUAUGACGCCGCACGCCGCGACCGUGGCCACUGGCUUGUGGAGAGUUCCCGCCACCUUGGGCGCAUGUACGACUGGCAGGAGAGCAUGGGAAACGACAUGGCUGCGAUCCAUGCCGACCUCGAGAAGCGGUACAGUAUCAUCUACGGGGACGGGGCCGAGGCCAUGUGUGACGCAGCGCGGGAGGAGCUGAGGAAGCGGUUGUAA